ACAGUCAACGGUAAACUGCUGGUGCGAGCCAGUUUACUUAAAAAAAUUUCGCCGUCGAUUCGACUUAUUGCAGAAGAAGGAUGCCAGUAACGAUAUGCUUAUUCUACGCAGUUUACUUUAAUCUUCCACACUGUAACAUCUCAACGGUAAGUCUUCAGCUACCUUGUAACUAGGAAUUAAAUAAAUACUUGACACCGCUUAAGAGAUGGCUAAUGUGUAAUACUUUCAUUGUGCCCUCCCGGUAUGACCCUCACGUUGUGUUAUAUAUACAUUGGCAUCUGAUAACAUAAACAUCCGUCUGUUUCUUUAUCACCCUCAUCAUGGUCGAGAAGAUUUACAUUGUGCGGCAUGGCUUCCGAAUGAACUGGGUCAUAAGCAACUGGAAAAGCGCAACUGGGCUACCGAGGGAUCCUCCCCUGGCUGCAUUGGGCGAGGCGCAGGCGCGGGAAUGCGCGUCAUACUUCCUUUCGCUGCCAGAGGAUGAACGGCCUACAGCAAUCUUCUCUUCGCCUUACUACCGUUGUCUUCAAACAGCUUCUCCCGUCUCUGCUGCCCUUGGUAUCCCUAUCUACGUUGAACACGGCCUCUCAGAAUGGUAUUCUCCCGUCGAGCCGAACACAGGACUCCAUCCUCGCCCUGGACCUGCAUCUUCCCUCGAACCGUAUUUCCCAGGUCAGAUAUCAACCGACUGGGAUAGUAUUCACUACCCCUCGCGACUAGGCGAAACUGUUGAAGAGGUGCAUGUCCGUGUUGAAUCCUUCCUCCAGGACUUUUUACCUCUUCGACCUAAAGCAGAGAGGGUCUUAUUCGUGAGCCAUGCAGCAACGAUCGCUGCGUUGGUGAGGUUACUCAGCGAAGAGAGGAACAUGCCCAUCAGGAUAGGAUGCUGUUCAUUGAGUCAAUUUCACAGGGACGGAAAUGCUUGGUCCAGGGUCAAGAUAGCAGAUGGCUCUCAUCUCAGUGGAGGAUCCUUGAGAGAUUGGGGUUUUCAGGAUAUUGAGGUCGACAAAGGACGCGUUGUCAACGACCCUGGUGUUCCGGGCUCGGAGAAUGAGAAAAACGAACCAGUGGGUUCAAUGGUAAGCAAAAAUUUGAAUGUGAUUGGCGUUACAAGUAGUCUGUAGAUGACGUCUAUUAAAUUUGUAUUUAUACACACAUACUUAGAAUGUCACCCAUGCGCUUGCAUAACUUAC